AAGUUUUUUCUCUUCCAGCUUACUAAUCAGACUGCAACACGCCGAGUCCAAGGAAAGGGCAGGGAGGAAAGGAGAGCUCGCUGCUGAUGGUUAAGAGGUGCUACCACACAGAAGCCAACGGGCGAGCAGAGGGAGCCUGGCCAUGGUCACUACUGCUCUCCUACCUGUGAGGAGAAAAAGUACCGAGUGAGCAGCAGAAACCAGAAACCAGAAAUGCCCUGCUUUUGGAGAACUUCUGACCUAGCGGUACUCUUGAUAUGGGGGGUCUUUGUGGCUGAGUCAAGUUGUAUGAAUGGGAAUCAAACAUCACAGAAUAGUUCUGCGAUAGAAGCUAACACUACACUGUUUGCACAGAUGGGAGCAAAGGCUCUGCUGUGCUGCCCUGCUCAUCCAGUGACAGAAGCACUAUUAAUAACGUGGCUCAUAGCCCUCAGAGGCCAGUCUCCCUGCAGAAUAUCCUACAGAGUAGAUACAAAGGAGACCAAUGAAACCAACUGUACAGACAGGAGAAUCACCUGGGACUUCACACCUGACCAGACUCCUGGGCUUCAGAUCAAUGCAGUGGCCCUCGAUCAUGAUGGGCUUUAUUCAUGUGAAAUAGCAACACCUCAGGGGAAUUUCCUAAGGAGACAUGACCUCCACGUGCUAGUGCCUCCAGCAGUAACUCUGCUUCCGGGGGAAAACAGAACAGCAGUUUGUGAGGCAAUUGCAGGCAAGCCGGCUGCGCAGAUCUUUUGGACUCCAGAUGGGGAUCACGUCACUAAGAAGGAAUCACACAGCAAUGGCACCGUGACUGUCAGGAGCACAUACCACUGGGAACAGAACAAUGUGUCUGCUGUAUUCUGCAUUGUCUCCCAUCCGACUGGCAACUUGAAUCUGUCCAUAAAACUGAAUGAAAGUGGUGACAGAGCAUUGGGAUUAUAUACUCCAUACAUCAUCUCAUCUCCUAUUAUUCUUUUGAUCAUCAUAGGAUGCAUUUGGCUUUUGAAAAUCAGUGGCUUCAGAAAAUGUAGAUGGACAAGACCAGAAGCUUCUCCAGCUAUUGAGGAGGAUGAAAUGCAGCCUUAUGCUAGCUACACAGAGAAGAGCAAUCCACUCUAUGACACUGUGACCAAGGUGGAGGUGUGUCCAGCAUCACAAGGUGAAGUCAAUGGCACAGAUUGGCUUGCUUUAUCAGCCACUGGAGUCUAGAACCAAGAAAAAUGAAUCCAGAGAUGCCAUAGUUACUGUUUUGCUUUCCUUAAAAUUCUACAAUGGAAAGAUGACUUGGAAAUUAGCUCUUCAAAAGUUUUUUAGAAAACACAAAUGUCCUAAUGGUUUUGUAUUUGUAUUCUUCAUGGUUGGAAGUUUGGAAUCUUUGCUGCUACCAGUUAGUUUUUUGAAGAACUGAUGAAAUUAUUACAAAGAAAGCACAAGGUCAUGAUACAAUCAAAUUGUGCAAUACAGUAUGAUGAAAACUGAGUUUCCUCAAGAUGUAAUUGCAGAAGGAACAAUCAUUACUAAAGAGUUUCUCAUGAAUUCUUCCAAAAACAUUUCUCUGUAUAUGUGCAUAUAGUAUAUGUGUGCAUUUAUAUGCUUAUUUACAUAUGUGUAUACAUGUACCUAUCACCUUGUCAAGACAGCUCCUUGUCAAAACAGACUGGAAUUUUGGACUUAAAAAGUUAAUACUGUGAGUCUUGGAAAUCUUUUUAUAUCAGCAUAAGCAAAACUACCUCAUUCUUUUUAAUGGCUAUGUAAAAUUCCACUGUUUAAUUAACAUUGUAAUUUAAUUAAUCAUGGUCCUUGGAUGGGCAUUUAGAUUUUGUUUUGUGUGUGGUAUUAAACAGUACCAAGUAGAAUGUUUCCUGUGGAUAAUCUCUGCAUUAUUUGAUCACAUUGUGAGAUUUUUUAAAUGUAAUUUUCCUGGCAGUUGGAAUGUACCUUUAUUAUUAAUAUCAGUCAAAUUGUGUCUAUUUACA